AUGAGCUCCACGUGUAUGGUUCUAGUUCAACUGAUUUUGUUCCUAUAUCUCGUUGGAGAGAUCGGUUCAAAAGUGGAGUUUACAAAUAUCAAAUGCACUUCCCUGGAUAAGGAAUUCGAUAAUUUUGAGUAUUGCCAUCUGAAAUCGGUGAAUCGGAGCUACAAGUACUUGUCUGUGAAAGUGAAUUUGUAUAAAAUUCCCAUUACUAAAGUCAAAGUCAACAUUGCACUGCUGAAACGAUACAGCGGAUACAAACCAUUCCUCUACAAUGUAACUGUGGAUGCAUGCAAAUUCCUAGGAAAUCGAAAGUCAAGCCCAGUCUUCGCCUACCUUCAUGAUCUCUUUAGAAAUCAUUCCAAUAUGAAUCACACCUGUCCAUUUGAUCACGAUCUUGUGGUGGAUAAGGUUUCUAUCGGCUUUAUUAAUAAGCAGUUUACAGAAGUUCUACCCUUUCCUCAUGGGGAUUAUCAAUUCGAAUCCAACUGGUUUGCUUACGGCAUUAAUAGAGCUGUGGUCAACGUAUACUUUAGUCUUUUUUAA